AUGGAUCAAACGGCACAUACCGCGCUGCUCGCCGCGAACCUGGUGUAUGCGAGAGCAGCUAAUACCACAGAGUCAACGACAGAUUCCAGGCCGCCGGUCUACAAAGCAAUCGGCAUAUCACUAGCCAUCGGCUCAGGCGUGUUCAUCGGAGUAUCUUUCGUAAUGAAGAAGGUCGGGCUACUGCGUGCCAAUGAGAAAUACGAAGAGGUUGCUGGCGAGGGCUACGGAUACCUCAAAAACGGGUUCUGGUGGUGCGGCAUGGUGCUGAUGAUUGUGGGAGAGGUGAUGAAUGCCGGGGCUUAUGCGUUUGUUGAUGCGAUAUUGGUGGCGCCUAUGGGGGCCUUGUCAGUGGUGGUCACGACCAUUCUGUCGGCGAUAUUCCUGAAGGAGAGACUAAGCUUAGUGGGCAAGAUUGGGUGUUUUCUGUGUAUUGUUGGAUCCGUUGUCAUUGCGAUGAACUCGCCCUCGGAGUCAUCGGUGGCCAACAUCGAGCAGAUGCAGGAUUUCGUUAUUGCCCCGGGCUUUCUCAGUUUCGGGGGAGUGGUGCUCAUUGCAUGCGCCGUGCUUGUAUUUUGGGCCGGUCCGAAGUACGGGAAAAAGACCAUGAUGGUGUAUCUCUCGAUUUGCAGCCUGAUGGGUGGACUCAGUGUGGUGUGUACACAAGGCUUUGGUGCUGCCGUCAUUGCCCAGAUUUCGGGGAAGCCCCAAUUCAACCACUGGUUCAUCUAUAUUCUGCUGGCUUUUGUCAUCUUUACACUUGUCACGGAAAUCAUCUAUCUCAACAAAGCACUGAACUUGUAUAACGCAGCCUUGGUCACGCCGACAUACUAUGUUAUUUUCACCAGCUGCACUAUUGUCACAUCUAUUAUUCUCUUCAAAGGGUUUAAAGGAUCCCCUACUUCAAUCGUCACUGUCAUUUUGGGAUUCUUUACUAUCUGUGCCGGGGUCGUUCUACUUCAAUUGUCGAAAUCCGCCAAGGAUGUUCCAGACGCUGCCGUAUUUGCAGGUGACCUGGACCAAGUCCGUACUAUUGCCGAACAAGAGCAGUCCGAGAUGGAGCCAAAAGCAGAUGCCAUUCGAGGAACAGCAGCUAUCGUCCGACGCAUUUCACAGGCCAGAGAUAAAAUGCAGUUAGCAGAAGCCAAGCGGCUACACGAAGAGAGACAGCUAGACCUUGUGCCCAUCGGCGAGAACGAGCACGUCGAAUGGGAUGGUCUCCGAAGACGUAGAACAACAUUCGGAACCAACAGUGUCCGCUCCCGCAGCGUCCGCUCCCGCGGCAACACGACCCCUUUUCCAGAAUUCGACACCCACACCCCAGUGCAACACAUACCCGUCCAGCAUCCACCGCUCGGCAUGUCGCGUUUCCCUACCGACUCCGAUGACUCCGACCACGAGGACCACCGCCCUAACACGGGCUCCUCGCUCUCCUUCUUCCAGCGUGCCCGCUCGAUCGUGGACCCCCGCUCCCGCAACACCACCCUACAAAAUUCAACCCAAAGCCCUAUGCACCCCGUCCCACUAACCGAAAUCUCCGUCCCGACCUAUAAAAGCGCGAUUGACGGCACUCCAACCUUCUCUUACGGCCACGACGCAGGGGGCGGCGGCCACACGUACAAUUCACCACCUGGGAAAACAGAAUACCAAGGCGCUGGUGAACGCCACGUUACGAUUGUGGAAGACUACCCCAGGCUUGGGAGCUCGGGGAGUCUGCAUCCGAGUAUGGCUCCUACGCCACCGCCACAUUCUGCGAGGAGACAAUUUUCGUUCCAGAACGUAUUCAGGAAGGGACAGUCACCAUCACAAAGGCAGGCUGGAGUCUUAUCCGAGGAACAAAAUCCCCAAGGGCAGUCCCGAUCGCCUAUGGCGCGCAAAGGUCUUGGAAAUCUUCGAGGCAGCACACCCGCUGUGAAAGGCGCCACGGAGGAAGAAAGACUUGGUCUCGUUAAGGGGGACACGAAUACAGAACGUCGGCCGGCGUUACCGACGUAUGAAGACGAAGACGAGGGGAGUGAAGCCAGUGGAAGCCAGGCAAGGAUGAGAAGUGAUAGCGAGGGUAGCAGGGAUCUGACGGGUGGGAGGAGGCAGCAUGGACUCGAGGCUGGCGGGGUGCUGGAACACCAGUACUAUGAUCCGACGAGCUAUGCACCACCUACCAGUGUGGGUAGAGGGACGGGGAGGCCGUUACCGCCGCCGCCGCCGGACGCCGACGACGAGUUUAUCGGUGGAGGAGGUGGCGCUGGCAGGAGCGGCGCGUUUGUAUAA